AUGCUUGUCUUCAACUUAAUCGCACCUCUCUUGAUCCUGAUGUCCCCUUCGGCAUCCGGAAUGCCCCAUUCCCUCACAACAUUGGAACCGCAACUCGAUGAAGCUGCUGGCAACUGGAAGGCAGAGUAUAUGGGGGCCCAGGCGGCCCCGACGGGAAACUUUAAUGGCUCUCGCAAUUCGACCAUAGCCGACUCGGAGUACGACCUGCUCGAGGAACGCGCCGUGCCUAACCCCAAGAACCCGAACUUUGAGGUGAGCACUUAUUUUUUACUUGUUUUCGGAAAUGAAUCUGAUACCCUCCCUUUGAACGAUCGCAGAAGGGGGGAUCAACCACUGCGAAGACGACUACGACGACAAAGACCGCCAAGACUGUAGCACUGGAAGCCUCGACUACGCCCGCCGUAUCACCGACCACUACCCCGGUAUCCAAUACGACAACGGCGGUUGUGACGACGACGACUGCGGUCGCGCCGUCGGUGCACACAGGGCAGGCGACGUUCUUCUAUCAGGACUCGGCCGGUGCAUGUGGCAAUUGGAAUGCGGACUCAGUUCCUCUCGUAGCCCUCAAGGCAUCUUUGUACGGUGACACGGGGAAAGUCAGCAAAUACUGCGGUCGCUACGUUUCUAUCACCAACACAGACAACGGCAAGAGCGUCGUGGCCAUCGUCGCGGAUGCAUGCCCCGGCUGCGCGACAUACUAUUCCCUCGAUCUCAGUACGGGAGCUUUUGACCAGAUCGGCGAUGAAGUGACAGGAGUCUUGCCCAUCUCCUGGUACUUUUUGCCGAUUGACUAUUCGCCCUCGUCUCAGUCCACUACGACCAAGUCCAUCGCACCGACCACGGCCAAGGCCAAAACGACGACGAAGACUUCCACGAGCGUCUCGGUGACACCUAGUCCUCCGCCGGCUCCUACAACGUACACCGGGCAAGGCACCUUUUUCUUCCAGGGUGGACAAGCGGGCGCAUGCGGGGUCUACAACAAGGAUUCGACGCCGCUCGUUGCACUCGACUAUAGAUUGGUGAGCCCGUUUGCCGUCUCCUUCGCUUCUUGCAGUGACAUCGGACUGUCUACUGAUCAACAACAUCUUGUCGCAAACGCUAGUACGGCGACACGGAUGCACAGAGCAAGUACUGUGGUAAAUAUGUGCACAUCACCAACACGGCGAACGGUAAAUAUGUGGUUGCGAUUGUCGCGGACGCGUGCCCGACCUGCGCUUCCAAAUACUCGCUCGACCUGUCGACAGGUGCUUACGACAAGAUUGGGGACAGGGACACUGGCAUCCUGCCGAUUUCUUGGUACUGGCUUUGA